UGAGCCUUUGCAAGUCUCAAACCCAGAAAGGAAAAUGAAACAGGAACUGUGCAGCAAUAUGCCGAGCAGCAGAGGCAUCACUUCAGCUCAGUGUUGGCUGAAAGCUGAAGAGGGAAUAAGCUUAUUGUUUUCAGCAUCUGCUUUGAACGAGCAGUGCAUGUAAAGAAGAAUGUCUACGUACAGAAGACUCGAUGACAGUGAUGUUCAGGAAAGUGUUCAGGACAACGGGAAGUCGACCAGCUGUGUGGUACUUGUUGUGCUCCUGGGCUGUGUGUCCGUCCUGGGGAUUUUAAUCGCCGUAGCCGUCCUGGAGAGACCCUCGCCGCCUAAAGAUCACGAGACACUUCCUAAGGACACUGGUUGGAGCAAUACCUCCACAGACCAGUGCAGCAUGGCCCUCGUGGAGAGCAUUCCCCAACAUGUGGAAUAUAAAUCCAACGUGACGCGUGGGAUCCCUCUGGAGCAAGCCUGGAAAGAUCUUAUCUCCAUGGCAACGGAAGAGGUUCUCGUGGUCUCCUUCUACUGGACUUUAACUGGGGAGGACAUCAACAUUAACUCCUCCUCCGACAUUCCGGGAAAGAACAUCCUGAGGGACCUUGAGGAGUUGCCCUCCAGGAACGUGUCUGUCCGGGUGGUGACCAGUGUUCCCUCAGUCAGGAACAACUCCACCGAUUUAAAGGUCUUAGAGGCGAAAGGGGUUCAGGUGCGGAGCGUGAACUUUGGCCGCCUGACAAAUGGCGUCCUCCACAGCAAGUUCUGGAUCAUUGACAGGAGACACGUGUUCAUCGGCAGCGCCAACAUGGACUGGAGGGCUCUCACUCAGGUGAAGGAGCUCGGAGCGGUCAUGUACAACUGCUCCAGUGUAGCUCUGGACCUGUAUAAGAUCUUCCAGUCUUACUGGGUGAUGGGAGGGUCCAACAGCUCCCUGCCUAGACCCUGGCCCUCAGAGUUUGACACUGACAUUAACAAAUAUCACCCCCUCCUGGUGGAAGCCGACAAUGUCUCCAGCAGGAUUUACCUCUCAGGUUCUCCACCAUCAUUCUGUCCUCCCUCGAGGACACAGGACCUGGAGGCCGUUCUCUCCAUCAUCACAGAGGCCCAACACUAUGUAGAUGUAGCUGUCAUGGAGUACUCCCCCACCACACGCUUUUCAAAGCCCGUGAGAUACUGGCCCUUCAUCGAUGAGGCCCUCAGGACGGCUGCAUUCGAGAGGAGGGUUAAGAUCCGGAUGCUGAUCAGCUGCGGACGUAACUCUGAUCCGGCCAUGCUGCCUUUCCUUCAGUCCCUGGCGUCAAUGGACAGCCCUCUUCAUGGCAUCAGCAUUCAAGUGAAAUUGUUCAUACUGCCUGUGGGAAACCAUUCUGAUAUUCCCUACGCCAGAGUCAACCACAACAAAUACAUGGUGACAGAUAAAGUCGCCUACAUCGGUACGUCCAACUGGUCAGGGGACUACUUUCUCACCACAGCUGGAGUGGGGCUGGUCAUUUCCCAGCAUGCCCCUCACGCUGUAUGGAGGACCAAGGCCCUGCAGGGGCAGCUCAGGGCGGUUUUUGAGAGAGACUGGUUCUCUGCGUUUGCUGUGCACCUCGACGACCUGGGGAACCACCCAGACUGUGCAUUGUUAACAUGACAGAAGACUGAAGCUCCACAAAAAACACAAUACAAUCAUUAAUGUUGUAUUUGAACCAUUCACUUGAUGUCAUAUCAUCUAUGUAUCCAACUAUAUGACUUCAUAAAUCGAUAGACUAAUAACUGUUAACACGUUUUAAUCACUUAGCACUGUUUGUUUUAUUCAGCAGUCCUCCAGUGUUGACUGAUUGUUCAAUGUGUGAUUACUAAAUAUACUUUUUAAUUAUUAACAUUUGUAAAUAUCUAUAUGUGAUUUCUGCAAAUAAACAAAAUAUAUAUGA